AUGACCGAUUCCGACUUAAGGAACGACAGCAUCCACGCGAUCUAUUUCACGGAAGCCCUCAAUGGAUCUUUACUGGAUGGCAGGUUUCCAAACGACAGCAGCAGCACCACUGGGUGUCCGAACUGGACAUUGGACUCUCGAUCCGUGUGGCUCGGGCUUUUUCUCGCCUCGUUCACUCUCGCGGCGAUCGCGGGCAACAUUUUGGUCAUCCUGUCCGUCCUGUGCAACAGCCACUUGCAGACGGUGACCAACUUCUUCAUAGUCAACUUGGCCAUGGCGGACCUGCUGCUGAGCAUCGUGGUGCUGCCCUUCUCCGCCUCUCUGGAGGUUCUGGGCUGCUGGGUGUUCGGCCGGGUGUUCUGCAACAUCUGGGCGGCGGUGGACGUGCUGUGCUGCACCGCCUCCAUCCUCAGCUUGUGCAUCAUCUCCGUGGACCGCUACAUCGGCGUCAAACACUGCCUCAAGUACCCGAGCAUCAUGACCGAGAGGAGGGCGGGCGUCGUCCUGGUUCUGGUGUGGGUGUCGUCCACGGUCAUCUCCGUUGGCCCGCUGCUGGGCUGGAAAGAGCCACCUCCCGUGGACGAGAGCAUCUGCAGAAUCACCGAGGAGCCCGGAUACGCGCUCUUCUCCUCCCUCUUUUCCUUCUACCUGCCGCUCCUGGUCAUCCUCGUCAUGUACUUUCGGGUCUACGUGGUGGCCCGCAGGACGACCAGGAGCCUGGAGGUGGGCGUCAAGCGGGAACGGGACAAAUCCGUGGAGGUGGUCUUGAGGAUCCACUGCCGCAGCGUGCCGGAGGAUGCCCGCGCGGUCAGCUCCAAGAGCAACAAGCAGCACCCGUUCCGGAGCUCGCUCUCCGUGCGCCUCAUGAAGUUCUCGCGGGAGAAAAAGGCCGCCAAAACCCUCGCCAUCGUCGUGGGCAUGUUCAUCCUGUGUUGGCUGCCUUUCUUCUUCUUUUUGCCGAUGGGCGCCUUCUUUCCAGCGAUGAAGCCAUCCGAGACGGUAUUCAAGGUGGUCUUUUGGCUGGGCUACUUCAACAGCUGCAUCAACCCCAUGAUCUACCCCUGCUCCAGCAAAGAGUUCCAGCGGGCUUUCACCCGCCUCCUCAGGUGUCGCUGUCACCACCGGCGGAGGGCUCUGCGUCGCUUCUACGACCAGAAAUGGCGCUCGGCUGUCAGGGGAAUGGCGUUGGAACAAAGAGGAGAGCAGGAGUCUGGCUACGCCGCGCACAGCUCCUGUGGCAGCUCUUUGUUAAGCAAGCCGGGGGGGAGUUUAAAGAGAUGGAAGCUGUUCCCGCCGCUGCAGAAGUCCUCCUUUCAGCUCAAAGAGACAGUAAACAAUCUGUCAAAUAAAAUCAAGGGAGGCACAGGGCGAGGCAGCACACCUGCAGUCGUCGAUGCCGUUUCAAUGGGGAUUUUCAACGUCUGUGAACAAAGCAGUUAUAACAUCUAUGACUUGGCUGAGUGUUACGGCCUGAAGGAGACGGACAUUUAA